AAUUUCGAAGAAUUCGAAGAUUUUAAACUUUUACAUCCCAUAAUGGUUAAAGAAACGGGAUAUUAUGAUACAUUAGGUGUUAAUUCGAAUGCUACAGAAGAGGAACUUAAAAAGGCUUACAGAAAACUUGCUUUAAAAUAUCAUCCAGAUAAAAAUCCUGAAGAAGGAGAAAGGUUUAAACAAAUAUCUCAAGCCUAUGAAGUUCUUUCAGAUUCAAAUAAAAGAAAAAUAUAUGAUGCUGGUGGUGAACAAGCUAUUAAAGAAGGAGGGUCUCAUGGAGGAGAAGGUUUUAGGUCUCCUAUGGAUAUUUUUGAGAUGUUCUUUGGGGGUGGUUCUAGAAGUAAAGCAAGAGAAAGGAAAGGCAAAGAUUUAUAUCAUGAACUUGAUGUCACAUUAUCUGAGUUCUAUAAUGGUAGUGUGAGGAAAUUGGUUGUCACUAAAAAUGUUGCAUGUCCUAAAUGUGAAGGUCGUGGUGGCAAGAAAGGAGCCACAAUUGACAAGUGUGCAUCCUGCAAAGGCACUGGUGCCCAGGUUAAGAUACAUAGGCUAGGUGUGGGUAUAGUUCAACAAACUCAAUCUGUUUGUGAUGAAUGUAGAGGUAUGGGAGAAAGGUACUUGGCCAAGGAUCGUUGUAAACAUUGUGAUGGUAAAAAAAUUACUGUGGAGAAAAAAUCUAUAGAUGUUCAUAUAGAUAAAGGUAUGAAGGAUGGUCAAAAGCUUAGCUUUUUAGGAGAAGGAAAUCAAGAACCAGGCAUCCCUAGUGGUGAUCUUAUAGUGGUUCUGGAGGAACAAGAAAAUCCUAAUCAAUUUCCAGGAUUUGUAAGGAAAGGAGAUGACCUUCAUAUGAAGAUGGAACUGGAUUUAGUUCAAGCUCUAUGUGGAUUUCGUGAUGAAAUCAAAACUAUGGAUGGCAGAACUCUCAUUGUAUCAUCCCCUCCUGGCGAGGUUAUUAGGCAUGGAGAAGUUCGUAGCAUUUUGAACGAAGGUAUGCCCAUCUACAAACAUCCACUCGACAAAGGAAAACUAUACGUCACCUUUCAGGUUAAAUUUCCUCCAUCAGGAUACUUUACCCCUGACAAAAUAGCCGCCAUUUCUUAUUUGCUCCCCGACGGAAAACCAAAUGAUUCGAUGGAUCAGGAUUCAGAUAGUAAUGGCGUAGAGGAAAUGGUCUUAGCAGAGGUACCAGAUUUGCGCGACACCCGCUCUGCCAAUUCGAGUAACGCUAGAGGGCGGAAACCUGGGACAGGAGCUAGUACGGGGAACUUUUUGUUUGACGAGAUCCUAGGCGGUUCAAGAGCACAAGGCCGCUUUCCAAGAGGGGCAGAGGAUUACCAACAGGAUGACGACGAUGAAGGGGAAGGUGGACCAGGCUUCCAAAAGGUGCAAUGCCAGUCACAUUGAUAUAUGGAAGCAACAUUAUUUAUAUGUUUACAUUAUAUUUCGUUUAUUCAUUCUUCGAACAAGUCUUAUCAAAAAGUUAUGCGUGUUUACAUAUUUUUAUAAUUUGAAAAUUACGAGCUACCCAUUUUUUAAAAAAAUUAUUAUCUUUUGUUUUAUUUGUAAUGGUAUUCAUUUUUUAAAAGAUUUCUUAUUGAAGGAAAAACUUUAAAUCCUCGUUUAUUUGUUGCAAAGGUAAUGUAUCAGGGUUUUGUUUAAAGUUGCUAAACUAGAUCAAAUUUCCUUUAACUUAUUAAUGAGGGUAUCAAUUAUUCCGAUUUCAAACCUAUCUUAAACACAAUUCUAUCGAUUAACGUGGAAAUAUAAUUUUUUCGCCCCCUUUUUUACCUUCUUUAAUGUUACAUUACAUUUUUGAGACAUUUAUUACUCGUUAAUUUUAAUUCUUAUAAAAUACUUUUUUUUUCGAAUGGGCCAAUAUUAAAAUUCAAUAGAUUAUUUGUAUCCCAUUUUUUUAAAUUAUAGCACAACAUUUAUUAUCCACUAUUGCUAACUAUUUGAAAUGACGUGUAUUCGAAAAAUGCUUGAAAAAACAUUCUAUAAUAUAGAUAAUAUUUAUAUUUUUUUUUCGCGAUUUAUCACCCUUUAUUGUAAAUAUGU